CAUGGGUCUGAAAACCGAAAACUUGAAUAUUUUAUUUGUUUAUUUAAAAGCGCACUGCAACACGUGCCACUUUGUCUAAAAAUAAAGAAAUAAAGAAAUAAGAGUUUGUAAAAGCAAGUUGACCGCAAGGCGUUGCCGUUUUAAGCUCCUCCCAUCGCAGUAGGUAAAGACACUGGGCGUUUGGAGUAUAAUUACCUUGUUUAGAAGCAUGCAGGGAUAGGAUAUAGCGGCUUGUAUCUUUUUUUGGUGGAGUUUUUAGUGUCUUUUUACUCAAAUAAAAAAAAAAAUAGAACAUGAACGUAUAAUACGCCAGAAGAAACGCUUAAGUGAUUUCCCCACAUGGUUAGAGUAAAGCAGCGUUAUAAUUUAUGUUAUACUCGUGAGUGCAACUCAAACUCAAUUUCCCCCGAGGGAAUAACGUUGCUUGUCUGGAGUGGUACUGUGGAUUUCAGAAUGAAGAGUAACCUCCGCUGAACGUAAAUGAAACGUGAUACAACCGGAGGGACCGGUGAACCAGUUCUAAACACGGAGAAGGAUACACAACAAACAUGUUUUGGUUCUUCCCACUGAAGAAACUGAAGAAACAUUUCAAAUUCGUCUUUUUUGGAAUCGUGCUGGUGCUGGGGUUGUUAGCUGCAUAUCUGGAGUCCACGGCGACCGCUGCUGGGAACCCACACACCCGAACAAAAUCCCUAAGGGCCUGGAGGAAAGUGAAAGACAGCACAGUGCGGAGACCCGGCCAGCCAGAGCUCGGAGACGCCACCCAGGCUCUAGUGUUUGGGAAUGGGAACCCUGUGCUUCUGAUGAAAGUCCAGUCAGACCAGCAGCACAGAGAGGAGAACGAGGAGCCGCACACUGCCCAGUGGAAGAACCUGGAGCAGAGAUGGAGUCCUGAGUUCAGAGGUCAAGCUAAUUUGCACAUCUUUGAAGACUGGUGUGGCAGCUCUGUGGAGCAGCUCAGAAAGAACCUGCACUUCCCUUUGUAUCCCCAUAAACGUACGACGGUGAGAAAGCUGGCUGUGGCUCCGAGGUGGACGGACUAUGGAUUGAGGAUAUUCGGCUACAUCCAUCCCUAUAAGGAGGGGGAGUUCCAGUUUGCCGUGGCCUCGGAUGAUAACUCAGAGUUCUGGCUCAGUAGAAACGAGAAGCCAGAGGAGCUGCAGCUGCUGGCCUUCGUAGGGAAGAGAGGUAGGGAGUGGACGGCCCCUGGGGAGUUUGGAAAAUAUCGAAGUCAGAUCUCUCAGCCUGUACACCUGUCGAUGAAGAGGUACUACUUCGAAGUGCUCCACAAGCAGGACGGAGGAGGCACAGACCAUGUGGAAGUGGCAUGGAGGCUGAGGCAAGCAGGCUCCCAGUUCACACUGAUCUCUUCCAGGUCUCUGUCACUCUACACUAACGAAUCCUCUCUGCUGCUGGAUGAGGUGCUGCACAUCCCCCAGUCCCCUGCCAGUCACCGCAGAGCCGUCUGGCACUCCACUCACACCGCGGAGAUGCUAAAGCCAGACCCACGGGACUCCUUCCACCUGCUCCCUUUCAUUAAAGAGUCCCACCUGGAGCAAGUCCUCCCUGACUGUAUCUACAGCCCCAGCUACCUCCUGAGUCCGGGCUCCCCGCUGAUGCGCUACCAAGGGUUGCACUUUGUGCAUCUGUCAUACGUUUACCCAAACGACUACACCAGACUCACACACAUGGAGGCUGAAAACAAGUGCUUCUAUCACGGGGACGGCUAUCAUUCAGACAGAUCAGGAUUUUCCAGAUUCAUGAGGAUGGAUCCUCCAAUGCGUCCAAAGCAGCGGAGAGUGAGCUGGCCGGGCUGGGAGGGCCCAGGAGGAAUCCUGCCGGACUCAGAGGAGCAGCUGUUUGAAUAUGUAGAUCAGGAGGUCCUGGAGAGGUUGGAGAGGGAAAGAGAGGGGGAGAGGAUUCAGGGCCAGGAUGUGAAGCAGGGGGAGCUAGAAAGGGAGAGAGGGGGGGAGAGGCAGAGUCUGGGGCUUGGGCAGAGGAUUCAGGGCCAGCGUGAAAAGGAGGCGGAGCUGGAGAGGCAGAGGAAGGGAGAGAGACAGGUGGAGGUGGAAAAGCAAGAACAGAAGGCAGUGAGGCCAAGGCAGAGGACAAGGGUGAGGCAGGGGGAGGGGGUGAGGAGGAGAGGUGGUGUGAAGCAGAGAGAGGGGGUGCAGGAGGCAGUGAAAGAGGAGAGACUCAAGUCAGUGAAGCAUGUGGAUUACGGAGAUGAUUUUGAUGACUACACCUCCAAGCGCAGGAGUAAGCUCCACUCUGUGAGGGGAGAGGGGGUCCCAACCCAAAACAAGCGUCGCAGGAGAACAGCAGCAGCACCAGGGGUGAAACCCACCCCGAUUCCUGUAAAUCUGAGGCUCAAGUACAAGGAUCUCGCUCCCACAGCCAGGGCGCGCAGUCUGCAGACCGGGCAGAAGAUGGUAAAGAGAGGGGCCGCUGGAAAGCACCAGGAGAUUCUCCUGCUGCAGGGGGACUGGGAGCAGGAGGAUUACAGGAAUGAGCUGUUUAUCAACCCGGCUUUCUACGACCAGGCUGUGGACUGGGAGCAGACCUUCGAUGUGAAGAAACUGGACUUCGCCGGCCAACGCUCGGACUGGAUGGACCUGCACUGCAACGUGUCCGGGAACCUGGUCCUGAGCGAGACUGAGGCCCUGGGGGUGGUGCGGAGCUACAUGGAGAAGCUGAACGCCAGGAACAAGGGGCUCUACUCUCUGAAGCGUGUUGUGAAUGUGGAGAAGCGCCUCGACGCAGUCCAGGGCAGCCGCUACCUGCUGGAUUUGGAGCUGCUGGAGGGUGGGGCACGGAUGGUGCGCCUCUCGCAGUUCGUCUUUGCUUUGAACCCCCUGCCCCUGGCCCGUGGGGGCUCCCCUCGGCUCCGCCCCCACCCCAACCCCCCGCCCCCCAGAGAGCCGCUGCUAUGCCGGCCGCUGGGACUGACCCGCAGGAACGAGGUCAUGGUCCACUUCAUUGUGCCAGUGAAGGACCAGGCUCGCUGGGUGCAGCAGUUCAUCACAGACAUGGAGGAGCUGUACAGAGAGACUGGGGACGAGAACUUCAACGUGAUCAUCACUGACUACAGCAGCACUGACAUGGAUGUGGAGAGGGCACUGAGACGAGCAGCACUGCCCAGGUUCCAGUAUGUCAAGCUGGGGGGGAACUUCGAACGCUCUGCGGGCCUCCAGGCGGGCAUCAAUCUCAUCCAGGACAACAGCAGUAUUGUGUUCCUGUGUGAUCUUCACAUCCACUUCCCCGCCUCCAUCCUCGACAGCAUCCGCAAGCACUGUGUGGAGGGCAGGCUGGUCUUCGCCCCCAUUGUCCUACGCAUGGACUGCGGGGCCUCUCCACAGGAGCCAGACGGUUACUGGGAGGUGAAUGGAUUUGGAUUGCUGGGACUCUACAAGUCGGAUCUGGACUCUGUGGGUGGGAUGAACACCAGGGAAUUCCGGGAUCGCUGGGGGGGAGAAGACUGGGAGCUGCUGGACAGGAUUGUACAGGCAGGGCUGGACGUGGAGCGGAUUUACCUGAGAAAGUUCUUCCAUCACUUCCACAGCAAGAGGGGGAUGUGGAACCGGAGAGUACGAUCCUGACUGAGGGAAACCAGACUGAGGAACCCCUCUGAAUGAACUGAGAGCAGAGAGGAGACAACUGUAUGAACCUACACUACUGAAUAACUGAGCUAGGAGAGCAGGCAGCUGUUACUGAAUGAACUGAGAACAGAGAGGGCAUGACUGUAUGAACCUACACUACUGAAUAACUGAGCGAGGAGAGCAGGCAGCUCUUACUGAAUGAACUGAGAGCAGAGAGGACACGACUGUAUGAACCUACACUACUGAAUAACUGAGCAAGGAGAGCAGGCAGCUCUUACUGAAUGAACUGAGAGUGCUUUGAGGUGGGUGUCUCAUUGUUUUCUAUUUAUUUUUUUAUUGUAUUUCGGGGUGCAGUUGUAAAUGCAGAUGAACCUCGAAGCACAGAGGCCUGGUUUCCAAGUGUCUCGUAGUCAGCCUUUGGGAGCUGGCUGCUAUGAGCCAUUUUAGACUGCAGAUUCAACCUUGCAAAAACACAAUGUUGCUCUCAACUCGUCUAUAGAUGGGGUGCACUGGUGGCAGGUGUACUGUUUUGCAGGGGAGUACUGGGAAAACUGGGAGCUGGCAGACCCAGCUGGAGAAUCUGGACUCUGCCUAUUUGACUGAGUUACAGCACAACCUGGAAGCUGAGUGAACACAUUGGACUCUGGUGGAAAUGCAGAAGCCCAGGGUCUUCUCUGGGUCGUUAAGAGGGCUCAGUGUUGCUCAAGGUGAAUACUUGAAAAUGAGGAGAGAUAGGAAGGAGGUGACGGCACAAGAACAUUUAUUUGGGUUCACUUUCUAACUGCUUUGUGAUGGUUGUCGGUCUCUCAGAAGUUUUAUUUUAACAUGAAUGCUCAGAAUUCUGCAGGAGAUUUUGUUGCACCAUCACAGUUUCCUACAUGAACACCGAGGUCCUGUUAAGGUACUGGCACUGUUUACACCUAGAUAUAGACUACAAGUGCAUGCUCCUUUCUAAUGAAUUGUGCUGCUAGUAGUACUGAACUGGGAGCAAGUCUAAUGGGUGUAGAACGGGACAAACUGACUGAAACAAUUGAAGAAACAGCUGCUUGGGUUUGUGUGGAUCGCUGUUCUCUACAGUCUAAGAGAAGCAGUCAUCAUCACGAACCAAAGCAGCUGUUUUUCACGUGUUUGAAAUGCUAAAUAAGCCCACAAUGACCCGCACCUGGUUUCAAUGCAGAGCUUAAUAAUCGAACGAUUGGUUGGUGCAGCGCUACAUGGGUGUCAGUUUCUCAGUGAAUGUGUCGCCCCCGAGAGGAGAGGCUGUUCCCUGCACUUUGCCUGUCCAGAUGACCUCGGCUCUCCAGAGACUGUGCUGUAGCCGUGGACAUAUAUUAAUAUGAUGUGUAACAAAAUAAACACUAUAUAAUAUGUUUUUGUAUUUAAUUUUUUUUAAGAACAGUCAUUUAUGAAAACACUUGAUGUGAAGAUGCACUACUCCCUUUGAUUAAGCACAGGAUAAAGUUAAAAUGGGCGGUUUUUCAAAUGCACAACUAUAGAUUUACUUCCUGUGCACUUGGUUCUCUGCAAAUAGUCCAGCAGCAAUUGGACCACGUGACCCACAGCACAGGAACUGAUCAGUAUUGUGGAAUUCACUAAAUCUGCAUUUCCCAAACUAAAUGGUUAAAUUACAAUAAAAAGACCAAAAAACCAAAAGAUGUUCAGUACAAUGAAAGGGGGCUGUGAUAAUGCAGCUAAAAAAUGUUAAUACAAUUAAUUGAAAAGCCUUGGGUUGUAUGAUCCGCAGUCUCUGCUGAGGUUUAAAGAGAUGUAGCCGAUACAGCCAAGACCUGAAUCUCACAGCAUGGCUGUUUUCUGCAGGAAUCAUCCAUACCUACAGGAACCCAUUUGAAGCAGGCUCUUUGAUUCCCAAAUGUCUGCUCUUUCAGCAGCUUCAUUGCAGUCAAGGGCUGGGUGAGAGGGGAGUGUGGGGGCAGCAGCAGCAUUGCAAUCGGGCUGGGUGAGAGGGGAGUGUUGGGGCAGCAGCUUCAAGGAACAGCACUCAAGUCUCUCAGGUAUAGACCAGCACCUCACACAGCAUGGCUACCUUCUUUUGUUUUGUUUUAAAGAGUGUUUUAGCUCUAAAGAGAUGCUUCAAGAAGUUAUUCUUCUGUAUCAGUGACCUGUUUCUAUGGAUACUUAGUGGCAUUGGGCCAAGUUUUGGUACUUAGGAAUGUAUAAUUUCUGUGAAAAUGGGUAUUUGUGUGCAAUCAUGAUUUGCAUUAAAAUUAAAUGUCAUAUAAACUGA